AAAAAAGUGACAUGUGGUUUAUGGAUUUCAGUAUGAACGAUUUUAUUUUUCAAAUUAUUUGUUUUUAAAACAUUCAAAUUCCAUGUGUAAUGUCGUUAUUCGAUAACGCUGUUUUUAAUUCCACCUUGUACGAGGCUCUGUAUCUUCAAAUCGGGGAUACUUUGUCGUUCGCAAGGGAUUUCUUUGAUUCGUGUUUAACAUCGUUACCUAUUGAGAGUUUUCCUAAAUCAAUUGUUAAUUUUACUGAAUUAUCCUUCUACGACGAGCUAGCAGAAGUAUUAUACUUCAACGAGUUCCAAUUUCUGUUGUUAAAGACAUUUUUCUUGAUUCUUUUGUUUACGUUGUUAUUGAUUUUCAUUUCGUGGCGAGUGUAUGGUAAACGCAUAUCUGAGCGGUUUAUGAAGCCGGCAACAUCGGCAACAAUAGAACAGCUAAAAGAAAGUGUAUCAAAACUAAAACUCCCCAAGGAACAUACACCAAGAAUCUAAUUAACUAAACCUAAGCAAAAUGGCAGACAGAAUAAAGAAGUUCUUUCAAAAAAAGAAGGUGGAUGCCAAAUUUAAAAUGGCUGGGCCUGGCCAUAAACUAAGUGAAUCCACUCUAAGUAGCCAGAGUUCCAAUACAUCGAAAAAGGAGGAUACAAUAAGAAGGACUGGUUUGUCGGAAGAGAGUAAGGUUGCAGCUGAAGCUGCUUUGUCUAGACUGCAGCAGAAAAGAGAGAAUCCAUCAUUUAAUACUUCAUUGGCUGCUAUACAGGCACAAGUGAAAAAGGAGCUAGAAAAUGAGCGAGCCAACCAAACGGCUGAGGCGUCGGCCUCUAAAUCAACGCCAUCUGAACAUCAGAAGCGAGAGAUCGAAGAUCUGCCCAGGAAUUAUGCUGCUAGUGGCGUUUAUUUCAAAUGUCCAUUGAUUAGCAAUGACAUUCUCCCCCGAGACGAAUGGAAGAAGAACAUCAAAACGUUUCUCUACGAGCAGCUGGAGGAAGAGAGAGGCCUCACAGCGUGUCUCAUCAUACAAUCUUGUAAUAAUAAUAGGGAAAAGGUUGAUACAUGCGUGGAGACAUUAUGCAAAUACCUAGAGAACAUAAUAACACAUCCUGAGGAGGAAAAGUUUCAGAAAAUUAGAUUGAGCAACAGAGCGUUCAUGGAGCGAGUCCAACCCAUAGAAGGUUCGAUGGAGCUGUUACUAGCUGCCGGCUUCGUACAGCAGAAGGUCAGCAACGCAGAAGGCGUCGCAGAAGAUUUCCUCGUGUUCCAGAAGGAUAACGUGCCGUCUAUUGAGAGUUUAGUGACCCUAAUAGACGCGUUAAGAACGGCAGAACCAAUUCAGCUAGAACUAGACAGGAAUCUACAAGUGUUGCUACCGUCCCAGGCCGCUAAUAAGGUGCAGCUACCUCCUUCAUUCUACGCGCUUUCUCCUGAGGAAAUAAAGAGGGAACAGCAAUUGAGACAAGAAGCUAUAGAAAGGAGUCAAAUGCUAAGAACGAAAGCUAUGCGAGAAAAGGACGAAAUUAGGGAAAUGCGUAAAUACAAGUUUGCUAUCAUCAGGAUACGCUUCCCAGAUGGAAUACUAUUACAGGGAACAUUUUCGGUUUACGAGCGCUAUAAUGACAUACACGAAUUUGUACGAGAAAACCUCGAACAUGAUCUACCGUUCGUGCUGAGCAUGCCAACAGGUCAUAAGGUCACGUUAGAGGAAGAUGCGAAUAAGACCCUUAUUGACCUACGAUUAGUACCGGCGACUAUACUCACAUUCGCUUGGCACUCAUCUGUCGCCGAACAAAUUCAAAAUAGCCCGAAUAAAGACGUGUUUUUGAAGCCCGAAGUCAUGGUUUUGGUGCAAGAAGUGUAAGGUAUAUUUUGUUGAUGCGUUGCGUUUGUGGCUAGUGCAAAAUGGGCCUUAUGUUUCAGAAGUUGUGGUGUAGACUUGAGUGUUAAUUUGCUUUGUAAUAUUCUAC